GGGAUAGUAAGAGUGAUCGAUCGGGCCCUAGAUUCGCUCCUCAGUCGAUUUUACGUCAAUCUUCUUCUUCUCAUCAGCAUUUUAUAUAACCAAUUUUUUUAAGGAAACAAAACUAGCCUGGAUCCAUCAAUUUCUGAACACCAACAAAGCUGUGGAUUUCUUGUUAGCGCUGUGGUGUUUCAACUUCGAAGCCGCCCAUUGUUUAUGUUUUGGAAUCGCCGUCGUCUACUCAUUGUUCAUGGUGCUAUUUUCUGGAUUUAAUGUCCGACUGAUGAGUAUCGUAUCGUUUCCUUAGUUUUAUUUCACAUCGUCUCGUGAUCCCGGUUUUUUCCGAUGAUUUCCUCACUGGGGUUGGUUGGAUUUAAGCUGAUUCUUUCCCCUGGAUUUCCUUGAUCUUUACCAUUUUUUGGCAGGAAGGAUUGACAUGCCACACAAAUAUGUCGUUCAAAAGCUUUGUUCGCGAACUAAGGGAGAUGAAAGAUGGACUUGGGAUCAAACCGAAGCGAGGGGGAGAAGGGAGGAACUGGCGAAGUCGCACGAGGUCACAUAUUGCACCUGAUGAAGUGCUGCCUCAGCCUCCCCAGCCUGAAGCAAUUCAACAAGGGCAGUGGUCGAACUUGCCUCCUGAGUUGCUUUUGGACAUAAUCCAAAGAGUAGAAGAGAGCGAAACCUCGUGGCCUGCUCGGGCUGUUGUCGUUUUUUGUGCUUCAGUGUGCAGGUCAUGGAGGAACAUUACAAAGGAGGUUGUCAAAACUCCUGAGCAGUGUGGGAGGCUCACGUUUCCCAUUUCACUGAAACAGCCGGGACCUCGGGACUCUCCGAUUCAGUGCUAUGUUAGAAGGCACAGACCAACUUCAACCUAUCUUCUAUACUCCGGACUCGUGCCUUCGGAGAAUGAAAGUGAUAAACUGUUAUUAGCGGCCAAGAGAAUAAGAAGGGCUACAGGUACAGAUUUUGUUAUAUCUCUGGUAGCGGAUGAUUUUUCUUGGGCCUGCAGUACCUAUGUUGGCAAAUUAAGGUCCAACUUUUUUGGCACAAAGUUCACCAUGUAUGAUAGCCAACCACCAGUUCUCGCAGCAUCACAACCAAAUAACCAAUCGAAUCGUAGGUUUCAUGCGAAACAAGUGUCUCCAAGAAUGUCAGCUUGUAACUACACUAUAGGAGCAAUCUCUUACGAGCUUAAUGUUCUACGGACUAGAGGGCCCAGAAGAAUGCACUGUGUUAUGCACUCAAUCCCUGCAUCUUGCAUUCAACAGGGAAGAAGUGCACCAACACCAACAUCGUUCACAUCCUGUUUCGAUGACCAUCACCCCCCUCUACCGGGUUCCAAGGGGAAGGAGCCAGACACGGAUUUCAGUUCCACAAGCAUUUCAGGGGCACCAGUUCAAGAAUUGGGAGAAUCCUUGGUUCUCAAGAACAAGGCUCCUAGAUGGCAUGAACAGCUUCAAUGUUGGUGCUUGAACUUCAGAGGGCGUGUGACUGUGGCUUCUGUAAAGAAUUUUCAACUUGUGGCCGAUGUAGAUCCAGCCCUCAAUAUGUCAGUUGAAGAGCAAGAGAAGAUAAUAUUGCAGUUUGGGAAAAUUGGGAAGGACAUCUUCACGAUGGAUUAUCGCUACCCGCUCUCCACCUUCCAAGCAUUCGUGAUCUGCUUGAGCAGCUUCGACACCAAACCAGCAUGUGAAUAGCAAUCCUUCUGUGUUGCAGUUCCCUUUCGGCCCUCCAGAUGUGUUUCUGGUAUAUGUUAAUUAUUAGAGAUUGUUCUAUAUUUUCCCCAUCUCCUUGUUACUGAAACUUCAUUUCUCAUCUAUAUUUUCCAUUUUGCUUUGCAGCCGUCCAUCAUUGGAAAGGCUUAUAAUUUAGCUAAUACUAUUUUUCUAACUUGUUUGGUA